AUGGACGAACACUCCAAGCUCCAGACGGAAGUAUCAGAUGUGGAUCUUGUCCUUGGUAUCGACGAGGCCGAAUUCGAAACCCUACCUACUUCAAUGGACCCAAAAGGGGAAUAUAUAAAAAGAAAGACUUUAGAUCGUUUGGCUGAGAUGUUGGCCAGAUUCAAGACAGCCAGAGGCUCUGGUCCUCGAAAGAAUUCUGCAGCCAAACAUGUUACCAGUACAGUAAUGGUAGAAAACUCGACGGGAAAAGCUCUGACGAUUUUUUGUGCAAAAAAUGAAGGACUUGAUAACGCAGACAACUGUUUUCUAGAAAGGUUGGAGACACUUCUCCGUCAGGUUGCAACGAGUGACGAAGAGAUCGAUCCAACGCAGCAGUUUGACCGGAUAUUCGAACUGAUAUAUGAGCAUCAGCAACCGCGCGUGUUGUAUUAUGCUGAAAUAAUUCGCAAGGAACUCCGAUCAAAAGGUAAUCAGCAUGAUACAGGAUCUAUACAGAAAUUGACGGUCCACAAUAUACAAAGGUGCCCUCGAGCCGAGAUGAACGACUGGAGGGACAAUAAUGGGCUCAUAUUCCGCUUCAAUCGUGACUACGACCAAGAGAGGCCUAAUUCUGAUGAAGGUGUCGCCUGUCCAUCAGAAGGAAACGAGGAAAACAUGCCCGUGCAAGGAAUAUCUCAUCAGAUUAUCCAAACUUUAAACAGCAUGCCCGUUCAGCUACCAUGGGACAGCAUGAAACAUCUAUUGGAAAAAGUACAUCGCAUCAUACUCAAUCCUCGUCAUCGACCUGUGCUAAAAUUGUUCCUGAAACAAGCUGUACAAGGUGAUGGCCGGUCGUUCGAUAGAGCCUGGGAUGCUUUGCUGUACUUAACUCGCAUAUACGAUGCCACGGACAUUCGGAACCUGAAGCUAGAGGCAAUCCCGGUGCCCACAGCCUUUACACCCCAAAACAUGAAAAUGAGCCCAAUCCAAUCUCUGAAGUUCAUAGGCCACAACUCUUUGAAACGGCCAUGGCAAACCUUCUUUCAAGAAAAAGAGAAGGUGGAAGCGUUUAGUCGACAACAAAGACUGAAAAGGAACGUCCAUGGAGAAGUGCAAUUGAUUCAUUACGUUGAAAGUCUUAUAUAUACCAAUGGAAGAGAUGCUCUCACAAUCUUCCCCUACCUUGGAUGCAGCAAAAAGUGUUGUUUUUUCUGCGAAGGUUUCAGGGCAGUACAUGGAAUCUUCCAGGCCCGUGGGACUCACCACACCGUAUUUCCAUUAUGGGCUUUACCAUCAACUAUACCGCAGCCGUCACUUCACAUCAUACGUCAGUUUUCAGACCACCUGAAACAGUUCCUAUCUUCACUACUUUUGUCGCCACGCUCACCUCCCAAGCAAGAGUUGUUGCGUCAAUCAUCAGCGGCUUUAUCUACGGCACAAGCGAUACAAAGAGACCCAGCAACAUAUUCUACUCGAUCGCAGGAGUCAACGAAAAUGAUGGUGCCUUGGGCUGUCACAGCAACAGAACAUAGCGUCGAAUUCUACCCUCUGCCGGAGUCACCUGGACGUGCUCAAGUUAUAGGUGGUAGUGGAACGGCGAUCGCGAUGCCUAUUGAGGAUGCCGAGCUCACGAAAAUCAACCACGACAGGAAAGCAUUCAAACUGGAACAAAUCAAUGAGAUGCCACAUGAAAUCAAACAUAUUGGGCAGAGAAGCUGCCGUCGUUGCGGAAAAUUGGCAACGUAUAGAUGUUCAGCAUGUCGAACGAGUUAUUGCUCUAAGGAUUGUCAAAAACGAGACUGGAAAACUCAUGUCUUCGUCUGCAGGGUUGCCAACAGACCCCACGACGUCGACAUUCUCAGCCUAACGAUCCGGAAAACCAAGCGGGAUAUGAUAUCUGGGAGUAUUGAACGUACCUAUAAUGCAAUACGUUAUCUACUUGCUGAUGACCGCCUCUGCACUACCUUUGGAUUCAAUAAUUGCGCUACAGACCUGGAGUUGGCAGAUCUUGUCUGCCUCUAUAGCAAUGUCCUAGCUAGAGCUCGACCAUCGAAUCAGGGCCUGCAACAAAAAUUGAAUGAGGGCGUCCUAGGAGAAUUUCUGAAAAAUUUCUGUCAAUUAGAGCGACGGGUCGCUGAGAUAACCGGAAAAGACGAAUGUACUUGUGUGACAUGGUUUUUAGAACGUCGCACAUCAGAAGAAGCAUUCCCGAUACCUGGCAUAGAAACAGAGCCAUAUGGAAUCUGGGACACAGCAGUAUCCUGUGCCAUACAAUCUCUCCAGUUGACCGAGAGGGUUGAGAACGGACCAAUGUUCAACAAGUCGCAGUCUGACGUUUUCCGUUUGUAUGUCGCAAUCCCACCAUACGUCCAGCGAUUUCCUGAUGUACGUUCUUCACUAUGGACGAAAUUUGGAUUCUGCUAUUGCAGAACAUUUGAGCAGCGUCAAAGCCUAGCUACCAGCUACUGGAACUUAUUAGCAGUUUCUACAUUCGAUGAAAUUGUCGCUGCGUAUCAGACAGCAACGUUGUUUGAUCUCAUGCAACGUCAUGGAAUCGGUACCCCACCAAGAGUGCAAGAAACUCGACCCAUUGAGGAUAUGGAUUCCGAAGAUGGUAUCUUCAGACUCAUGAUUGGCGUCGAGCACGCACUCUCAGGGAAUUUUUGCAACUGUUUCCAAUAUGAUCCCAGCUGGCGCUGUCGUAGCUACUUCGAGACACAUCUCGAUAGAGAAGCGGAUGGGAAUUUCGGAUUCCAUAUGAGAAGCUCUUGGGAAAGAUGGCAGUUGCUAAAUUUCUAUAAAUAUGUGUUUGCGCUCCCAGACUUUGAUCCUGGGGAGAUGGCCAAGGCAAGACAAGACGUUGAUCCUAAGCGAUUGGAAAAGUAUCUCGAUACUCUAGUUCCAGACGCGAAAACGAAGCUCAUUGACAGAUAUCGAUUCAAUCCUUUUUUUCCGAGAUUCGAAGGUAGGGUUAGUGUGGUGACGCAAGAUAGGCAAAGAGUUCCUGGCUGGCAUCGCGGGUGUGGCUGCAAGAUACAUGAUGUUUUAGGGCCACCUGGGUUGUCCUACCGAGUGUAUGACCCAGUUUAA